GCCAAUCUGGCAAAGUCUCCGAAUUUCUUCUUUCCGCCACCAAAUCUUCUUAGUCAAGGUUUGCUGGUCCCGUUGCCUGAUCCGGAUUAUCACUGUAUCAGUUCUUGCCCGGAUUCAUCCGACCGUGUGCUUGGGCUGCGGUGAAGCCUGAUCGUCCACCGUCAGCGGUACUGGCCCGGAAUGUCUUCGACUCGAGGAAGAGAGAGGAAUCGAAAGGCAACACAGCGCAACCACGGCGGAAUAAUUAUCAAUCCUACCUGGGCGGGUCCUGCAGCCUUCCUCCCCCCGGAGCCCCCCCAGACCCUUCCCCCCCCCCCGCUGUCGCCGCCCAUUAUUAUUCAAAACCCGUUUGGCUUCCCUCUCGCCUGCCACUUUUCUACUGCCUUCGUUUCCUCUUCUCUCGUCUUCUUCCUCUCUCCAUCCUUCCUCCCCAUCCUCCCCAUCCCCCCCUUCCUUCAACAACAGCCAUCAGGCAUUUGGUGCGACCUGGGCAAAGUCGAAUUCAACUUCACCUUUUCCCCUCUCCACCUUCAGCCUGUAUUCUGAUUGUCUGACAUUUUCUGCAUAUUCUCGUCAUGGCUUACGGUGACGACAUCGUUGGGGACCGCAAAUCCCAGUCCGGGAUGGACUUCGAGAACGAGAAGAAGGGGGAUCUCUACUCCCCCCAGUAUGAGGGCGAUAUGGUCGACAA